UCUACCAUUGUUUAUGUUUUUAAUUUUCUGCAAGAAUGAUGCAAAGAUUUCCGACGCAGGCGACCGUGGAGAAUCCACGUUAUGGACAGCUGAUUAUAGGACCUCCUGGUUCUGGGAAAACCACCUAUUGCGCAGAGGCCCUUAAGUUCUAUCGAGAGCUUGGCCGUCAGGUGGGCGUUGUGAAUCUGGAUCCAGCCAAUGAAAACAUGUCCUACGAACCGGUGCUCAGUGUGAUGGAGCUAAUCACUGUGGAGGAUUGCAUGGAGCACCUAAAACUCGGACCAAACGGAGCUCUGAUGCACUGCUGUGAGUAUCUGGCUGAACAUUUGGAGGAUUGGCUGUUGCCGGCACUGCGCAAACUGAGCGCCACCCACAACUACUUCCUGUUCGACUGUCCCGGCCAAAUUGAGCUAUAUACCCAUCACAACGCUAUGGCCCGGGUUUUUGAGCGUUUGGAACGUGAGAGAUAUAGCCUGGUUACCGUUAACCUCAUAGAUUCCCAUUACUGCUCGGAGCCAGCCAAAUUCAUUGCCACUUUGCUGAUGGCAUUGAACACUAUGUUGCGGAUGAGUUUACCGCACGUGAAUGUGCUUUCCAAGGCCGAUCUACUAAAGAAGCACGAGACCAAGUUGCACUUCAACGUGGACUACUAUACGGACGUCCUGGACCUCAAGUAUUUGCUGGACAAACUGGACGAUGAUCCCGCCAUGCGCAAGUACCACAAACUGAAUGCAGCCAUCUGUUCCAUGGUGGAGGACUACGCCCUCGUUUCAUUCCAACUGCUGGACGUAUUCAGCACGGACAGCAUGCUCCGCUUGCGCAAUCACAUCGACAAGGCUAAUGGAUACGUCUACAAGGCAGGCGAGGAGCAGACGGUCAACUCACUACUAGCCUGCGCCGUGGGUGCAGAAACUGAGGCCGCUCGUAUGGAGCAUGAUGUCAAGCCCUAUAUGGAAUAAAAGUACUGGGAUUAAUCGAAAAUAGCCUGUGAUAAGACUCCCUGAAAAGGAAACAGGCUUUUGAGCUAAAAUAUAAAUAUAUGGAACCGAGUACUAUUGAACCUUA